AUGUCCUACUCCAACGAGUCCUGCGGCAUCAGCUGCCCCCAGCCCAUCGCCGAGAGCUCCAACGAGCCAUGUGUGCAGCAGUGCCCUGACUCCAGAGCCCUGAUCCUGCCCCCGCCGGUGGUGGUGACCAUCCCAGGCCCUGUCCUCAGCACCUUCCCCCAGGAGAGCGUUGUGGGAUCGUCGGGCCCAGCCUUGCCGGGGCGUUCCUUCAGUUCCCGCAGCUCCCAGGGCUACGGGGGCUCCUUUGGGCUGGGAGGUUCUGGGGGUUCUGGGGGCCCCCUGGCCUUGGGGGGCUCCUCUGGCUAUGGGGGCUCCUUUGGGUCUGGAGGUUAUGGGGGCUCCCUGGGCUAUGGGGGCUCCUUUGGGUCUGGAGGUUAUGGGAGCUCCCUGGGCUAUGGGGGCUCCUUUGGGCCUGGAGGUUAUGGGGGCUCCUUUGGGUCUGGAGGUUAUGGGAGCUCCCAGGGCUAUGGGGGCUAUGGGGGCUCCCAGGGCUAUGGGGGUUUCUCAGGCUAUGGGGGCUCCCUCGGGGGCUAUGGGGGCUCCCGAGGCUAUGGGGGCUCCUUUGGCCUGGGAAGCUGUGGGGGCUAUGGGGGCUCCCUGGGCUAUGGGGGCUCCCUUGGCUACGGCCGUUCCCUGGGUUAUGGGGGUGACACUGGCUAUGGGAGCUCCUUUGGGGGCUAUGGAGGCUCCCUUGGGGGCUAUGGGGGCUCCUUUGGGGGCUAUGGGGGCUCCUUUGGCAAUUGCGGGAGGUCCUACAGCUCCGGCUUCUCCUCGCGGGGCCUGGGCUAUUCCCUGCCUGGCUCCCAGAGAUGGAGCAGGUCCCGCCGUGGGAGCUGUGGGGUUUUCUAA